GGGUUUUUUUAAACUUGACUUUGAUGCCGAUGGUCAGGUAACAUGCGACAGCAAACUAAGCAAUAAAAGGUUUACUUAGCUGCCAAAAGGCUGCUAAUCGAUAUCUUAUAUUCGUCGCAGACUUUUCAAAAGCCAUCUCUUCUCGGAGGAAUCUCUCCUAAAAUAUCGUUCAAUGAAAAUAAACAAAAACCUGAAGUUGACAGUUGGACCUGUGUUAAAAAUACUUUAAAAAGCUUAUACUCAAUUGGGUUUCCCCGUGAAAGAUAAUCAUCGAAACAAUGCCUGUCCCUUAUCCUCAACAUCCGAUCCCUAUUGAAGCGCUCUCUGAAUAUGAUAUUCGUGAAAUACUCUUGGAUGGUCAUGAAAUUCUUGAAAAACCACUAACUCCAGCUGCAAACUUUCAGAGGAUUAUUAAUCACACCGACUUUUCUGAGAGCAGCAGUUAUGGUGAUAAUUGUUCUCAGAAUAAAGAGUCCGAAUCUUUUCUAAAGAACUUCACACCAAAAAUAUGGGAGAAUGUUAAAGAGACCCUACGUACUACAUUGAUUGAGAUCAACGCUUUGGUUGACGUUCUUUCUAUCAUCAAAGAAGGAAAAUAUCUGGCCAUUAAUCCUGUUGCUAAUGAUUCGCAAGAAACUAACCUUUCUCUUUACCUAUCUGGGAAAAAACGAUCUAUCGCUGCAGCCGCUGAUAUCUUAAUGAAAGGUGCUGAGCGUCUCCGUCGUAGACAUAGUGAAUUGAUUGAUGCCAGAGUUCGACGAUCGAAUUCAUCAGUUCCCCCUCAAUUUGAUAAUACUCAUAACUCCUUCCAUAAAGCACUAAUGCAUCUACGCCAAGAAUGGAGACUAAAGUUGCAUCAAAAUUCUAUUUUAGGUGAUGUUAGUCUGCGGUCAAUUGGUUCUCACUUCAGGGAGUCUGGUAAUUUCGAGGUCCGGGAAUCAGAUGGUUUUUUUGAUGGUAAAUCAGAUGUGGAGUCACAAGACGACAAGUGUGUUGAUGCAGUAACUGGAGUUAUGAUAAUUUUUUCUCAGUCUAUGGAAGCUCUUUUAAAUUCAUCUCAUGGACCUGGCUUGUUGAAUGUUGAAUUCAUUGAAUCGGAUAUUAAUUCACUACCUACACCUUUGUUAGAGUUCAUAUUUCAUAAACAACAAAUAUCCUCAUGUUCUAGAGAUCCGUUACCCAUUAACCAGAGACAAAAACUUUUCAAAGCUCAGAGAUUAUUAGCAUGUCGAGAGAUUUUAUCUAUGCUUAGUUGUGAGGCAAGUACUUCAAAGGAAUAUAAUCAUCUAACUGGUUCUGUCGCUUUUGCCACUCAGGAUAAGAUCAUAGCCACAUUAUUCCCGGGAGUACAAAUAUGUCUGUCGUCCGUUGUUAGACCUACAGUUUUUGGUGAAGAUGUAUUGGGUGACGAAAGACCAAAAUUGCAAGAUAAAAAAUUACCAGAUCAUACGGUAUUUACUAUGGACUAUUCAAAUUGCAUAAACUUGCAACUUCAUCGUAUGUUAACAGGUCAGCAUCGUGCAGUGUGGCCGAAUCUCGCCAGUUUGCCACAGCCUGCAUGUGGCCCUGUAGAGAUUCCUUUAUACUAUCGUUCAGGUGGUGCGAACGGAUUACCCGCUUCAAGAUUUUCAUCACUAUCACAUAGCACGAAGUUCUCUGGAUUUUCUGUCGCUGUUGCUAGUGUUUCCGGUUUUGCUUCCCAAGCUGCUUCUGCUUUAUGUGUUAUUCACGCCACCAACCGGAUUAACGCAAAUAGUGUUGAGAAAACAACUACCUUUAGCCAGCGUUCUCAACCCAUCUUCGCUGGUCAAGAUCGAUUGUCGCUCUUCACAGAAUGGGGACACUCACUCCCAGCUGGAACCUGUGUUCCACCAGUUGGGUUUCGUCACGGGGUUCCAAACUCUGCUGAUGAUUCGGUCCCCGGCACAAGCGACAUCGCUAUGCUGGAAUAUAACCUGUUAUCUCGAGGAGUUGAUGAAGACACAAUGAAAACUGUUCUUGGUACGAAUCCGUCGUUACUUAGCCGAACCAUUGCCAUAUCUCGUCACCACUAUCUUCGAGAUCAGUAAGUUGAUGUAUAUUUUGACUUGUUUCACUGCAUUAUUUUGCAACAGUAGUUCUAUUCUUUUAGUUCUGAAGGAAUGGACACCUUGUAUGAAAUGUGAAAGGAAAUCUUUCAAGUCUACUAAGUUCACUUGAAUAGUAUGGUCUAAGUCAAAAGACAAUCUUAGAGUCUCCCAAGAUAUAUUUGACUAGAUGUAUCCAGGGGGGGGCACAAUCAACAGCGAACACAUAGAUAAAGAGAAAAUUGACCACUGCAGUAUGGACGAACGAAGAAUAAUUACAUUAAUCAAAAAGGAAUGUAACUAGUUUCCAGUCAACAAAUAAAGUACAAUCAAUAAAAUUUCGGAUGCUCAUGGGUAUUAUCCUCAGAAUAUGUAAGUCGAUUGUAGUUUUCAGACCAGUGUGGAACAUUAUUCCUUUGAAAUCAUGUCCAUUUAAAAAAAGAUAGAAUUUCGGGGACAAAAUUUCUUAAGUGAAAUGUCUUUUAAUUUCCUUAGUUUAUGUAAAAACUUAUUUGAACUGAUUUUCGAAGACAAUUUUGAAGUUAUUUUUCUAUUAUGCUAUGUAUACGCGGGAUUGGUUUCGAAUGUAAUGAGUUACAUUGUUUGAUAAUAAUGAGCAAUCCUUAAUUCUUCAUGCAUAUAUUAGUGAAUAGUCCCUGUUUGCUUUGAAGUUAUGUAUUGACUGAAGCUUAUUCUCAGGUUUAUUGUUCAUACGACACUUAACAGUUAACUGUCAAUAUUUUUUUUUCUUAAUUACUUUCAUUCCUGUCAACAUCAAAUACUUAGUUUCAUCGACUCAGUGCAAGUCACAAAUUUUAUCAACUAACUUCUCUUGGGUAAAACUUCAAACCUAACUUCGACACUUCUAAUGUUGAGACUAUACAUCAUGCGAAUGACUAGGAGGUAUAAUGUAUUAAUUAAUAUGUUUGAAUUAGUUUUUCUAGCUUUUUAUUUCUCACUUUGAUUUCACUUCCAGAGUAUACUCCAUCAUUUCCGAACUUUCUCAAUGCUCUCCUAUUAAAAUUAUAGCACAUUGGGAUACUUUUAAUUCUGCUACUGAAACGUCAGUCAGAUUGUGUUUUUACUGUACAGAUUAUGAUGCCUAUCGUUCGUGGUUAGGUGUAACAAUUACACCUAAUGGUCUUGUGGUAUUGUAUGCAGACCCUCCUAGAACAUAUCGUUUAGGUAUGGAUCUAAGCAGACUCAAAGAUGUUUUAAGCAAUCAGGUUUUGUAUACACAAAUGAAUUAUAUAGAUAUAUUGGCUAUAAAAAUUUUGGGUUGGGUUCGAUUAGGGAAUAAUCCAUUUUCAGCAGUAGCCAAUCCUGAAGAGAUCGGUGAUGGUCCAGUGAUAGUAAAAAUGUUUGCAUCUCCUUCUGCUAAAUAGUAAGCUGAUAUUUCGUAUACCAAUCUUUUUUGUUUGUGUUUCAUGAAUAUUACUGUUAAUAUCGUUUCCAUACAAUAUACUUAUUUAUAAUUAUAAUGUGAACUAGUCCAAUCUUAAUAGUAACGUGAGUGACCUGAAAUUUAUUGGUAAACGUACCGAAACUGAUACUGAAUAUUAAUGAAUGUAUUACACAGUUUAUCUAAGGCCAGUAGGAUGAUAUUUAGUUUAUAAAUUAAUGUGAGUUUCUCUUUCUGUCUCUCCACACCUUUUUAGUUUAAUUUGUUUACGUGCAAGUGCUGUGAUGAAUAUCCGAAUGUUUGUUUCUCGUUGUAGUCCAUGCGACUACCAAUUUACAACCGAUCAUAAAGAUAUAUUUUCAAAUCAAGACUUUCGUGAAGUAUUUCUUUCUCAUAUGUAUGGAAAAAGUUUGGUGUCCAAAGUUGAAGCACUUAUGACUUUAUUGUCUUAAUGAAACUAUUAUAAAAUAUUUUGUUUUAAUUGUGUAAAUAAAUAUUACUUUAU